CUGUCUACUUAACCUAUUGGGUUAAGUAGACUAUAUUAUAAAAAAAAUAUUUGUCUAAUCAAGAAAAUUCAAAAUUGAAAAGUUUAAAUCGAGAAUGAUUUUAAGGGUGGAAGAUAAAUUUGAAGUUAUCGGUUUUGAAAUUUCGGCUACGCGAUGUUUGGCUUGCCUCUUGAACUACAAAUAUUAUCCGUGAAUAUCUUAGGCCUGGUUAGCAUUACUUUAAACUGGAACUUGUUCAAGUGGGACCAGCAGCUAGAGAAGAUCUCGAACGUCUCAGUUUCACAAUCCGAUGAAUUAGAUGUAAAAAAUAUCGACUGGCUUAAGACGAUUCUAUCUUGGAUUGUCAUCGCACGAUUCAUCAUCGAUCGCAUCUCGCCCCUCGCAUAUAUGGCUAAUAUCUACACAGUAGUGACGCGAAGCCGGCAGAAUUUGCUCAAAUUUUGGAUGGCUACAAAGAAAAGCUUUCCGACGUCGCUCCUCGUUGAGUUUGUUGUAGACAAAACAAUAUUUCUGGUUAUCUCAACCGGCAAAUUAUGGACGACUCUCAAGUGGUAUAUGCAGCUACGAAGAGUGACGAAAAUUCGCAGAUUUACAAUAAUAGCGAGGAGAAGUAUCGCAAAUAUCACUAAUGUUCCCGGCAGAAUCGGUCGUUCGCUGGAUGACGAAUGUCUUGGUAUAGCGAUAAUUAGACGAGGCAAGUAUGCGAGUUUGUUAAAUCUAGGCAGGCUCUCGGAGGAAUCGUCCAGCAGAACAACCACAAAAUCCUUGACGACCUUAGUCACUGACGACACGAAUGGCACAAAUGGUACGAAUGGCGCAAACAAUUACAAUUCCGACGACUUGAGCGUGGCUGAAAAAUCGAUGAGGAUGCUGAAUGUAACCGCGGAGGAUGUGAUGGACGCGCGUGCCAGAAUACAAGAGCGAUCUUAUUGGGACGAGCAAGAUGCGAUUGCGAAAAUACCUGAAGUGAUAGAAGAAGUAAUAAAGCAACUUCCUCUGGAAAAGAACGAAGAAAAAAUAAUCAAUGCAACAAAAAAUACACAGCUAACGGAGGAUAAUUUAAAGAAAACUGUAAAUAAUACUUUAAGAAAAAAAGACAUUAUAAAGAAUCUUCCAGUAAAGAAAGAAAAGGAAACAAGUAAUAAAGAAACUAUUCUGGUUGAUAAGAAAGAACAGAUUUUGACUGGAAGUCAGGAAGAAGUAAUAAUGCAACUUCCUUCGAAAAAGAACGAAGAAGAAAUAAUCAAUGUAGCAAGAAAUACACAGCUAAUGGAGGAUAAUUUAGAAAAAAUUGUAAGUCGUAUCUUGAGAAAAAAAGACAUUACGGAGUAUCUUCCAGUGAAGAAAGAAAAGGAAGAAGGUAAUAAAGAAACUAUUCUGCUUGAUGAGAAAGAACAGAUCUUGACUGAAAAUCAGGAAGAUGUUUCAUUGGAAAUAAAAAAUGUCGCAUCUGACAAAGUGAAUCACGCAAAAUCAACGGGAUCUCAUGAUAUUUAUGUGACAUCAAAGAAGAAAAGGAAAGAGAAAAAGGAAGGAGUUGAAAAGAUCGUGCAGUGUCCUUCGUUCCAGAGUAUGAAUGCAAGAAACACAGAGGCUAAGCCUUGUGCUUCCCUCGUGAGAAAAUUAAAAGCAAAACUUUGUCCCGUUCUUAUAAAUCAAGAGAAGUGGAUCGAUAGAGUUGAUCGUGAAGGGUACCCUUACGAAGUCAAUACACAAUUAACGCCAACUAGUUCAAGCGCAAGUAAAAAAGAACGUCAUAAGAUUUCGAACAUCUCAUGCGGGUGCCAUCGUGCUUUGCGUAAAAAUAGAAAACACGUGCAAUCGAUCGGUAGCGAUGGUAAAAAUAUCGAAUAUGAUAUUAAUAGAAAAGAAUUCAAAUCUUUCAGACCUAUCGUCAAUAUGCAGAGAAGCAGGAUCGACAAAUCCACGUUUAAAUAUUCAGAAGCGUACCGUUUAAAGAAGCAAAUUCAGAAAUGGGAAGAAUAUCGCGGUAAGCACUCCUGGGGAAGCAAGUCUCUAGCCGAAACUGCACGUUCCUCGGGAUACGCAAAGAACGUCUUUAAUACGUCUGAUAAGUUGUCAGUUAUAAAUUGUCGAAAGAACGUUCAGACUGACACUUGUGAUGAGUCGAUGAUGAUGAGCGAUUCUUUGAGUGAACGACACAGAUUGAAAUACAGUCAGAAGCGAAGUAAACGACCGGUUAAUUUGCGUCCCGUUUACAAUGUGACAUCGUUUAGAGAAAAUUCGGAGACAUGUAAAACGAAGAUGAAAGCUUUAGAAAUUAAUAAUAAUUUUACGUUGGAAAAUAACACAGAAACAGAAGCGAGAAAAAAGUGUGAUCUGCUGCUGGCGAAUCGCAAACUGUCGAUCGAGCAACGCGAAGCGAUAGAAUUGAAGGCAUUAAAAGCUUAUAACGAGCUUACCUUGUCAGAAGAUAAGAGAGAAUUGGAAGUAAGGAAGGACCGAGAUUUAUCGUUGAAUUACGGACGAUCGGCGAAGGAAUCCGAAGUACCAGAGAUGAAAGUUUUAAAAACUUAUAAUGAUUCCUUACUGGAGGAUAAAAAGGAGAUGGAGAGAACUAGAAGACAUAAUUUGUCGCCAAGUUCCCAGCAAUCGAUUGAUGAACGAUGUAUCCCGAGAGUUCGUAACGAACUUGAACGAUCGGGAAGCAAGAGAGAGUUGCAAACUAGGAGAAAACGCGAUUCAUCGAGAGAUGAAACGCCAUCGGAAUGCGAAAAAAUUGUCGAGACUCCAGCGAGCGUCUCUAAUCGUCUUUCAAUAGGUAGUUGGGAGAGUACCAUGAUCUCCACACAUCAGAACGUGAACAGCAAUUUUAGUCUGAACGAUCGUUACGCAAGACAGGCGCAUAUGUCAUUGAAUCUCUGGGAGAUCACAAGGAACAUUGAAUGGACCGUUCAUCCGCGAGGUAUUAUACUCACCAAUAAGAAUCUGCAAGGUCAAUUCUUAGAGAAUGGGAGAUUUCGCGAAAACCAACAACGCGACAUUGUUGAUGACAACACUGCAAGCAUGUUGCACAGCGCUUUCUUCUUUAAACCCGAGAUCAUAACGCGAGUCUUUCGGCGCGAUCACACCCAGACGAGGAUUGAUCAGUUCUUCUCGAGAUUUCCGACAUUCCUACGGCAAGACUUCAACACGGAGUUUGUUUGUCAAAUGAACAAUGAGGUGAUCGUGCGCCACUGGAACUCGCCGUUCGACUACGAUCUCGAACGGAUGAUGGGAAACGAUCGAAACGAUCUUAGAGAGCAGUUCAACACUAAUGACAAUCGCAAUACCACAAGCGAACAUGAUCACGAUCUAUGUAUAAUAGUUAUUGGUCAGGAACAGGUUUCCAACGAAUCGCAAACUGCGAUAGAAGAUUCGACGACCGUCGAAACUCAGGAAAACACGCGUUCGAGCAUUGAAAGUACUCAAAUGACGAAUAUUUUAGUAUUCAAUGAAAAUCAUAAUCGCGUGGAUAAUGCAACCAACGAUAAUUUGCCAGUUCAAUUGAUCACAGAUGUAUUAAGAAACUUCAAUAUCGAAAUAUCAGAAGGAAACAUAUACGAUGAUGCAUUGCCAAUUGAAGAGUGCGAAGACGUGAGUAAUGUGAAUGUAUAUAACGAUCCUCAAUCUCGAGAAUUUAAUAUGGAUGACAUAAAUCUCGACGAAGAAAAUAAUGAGUGUGAUGGAAUUUCUUCACAUAAAAAUGAGGAUAUUGAUGAUACAAUCCAUAAAAUUGAGCAACCUUUCAAUUUAAGCGAUAAUUUUCUGAAUAACAUGCAUUCAGACGAUAAGCUCCAGCAAGAUGAUAGUUUUUAUAAUAGAAACGAUGAUCCAGGAACACCAGUUUCGUUUGACGACAAUAGUUUGAUGGAGGAAUUUUUAAACGAUCCCGUGCCGCCCUUAAACUCUUCUUAA